UCCUGGGAGACCAGAUAUAGUGAAUGCGGGGGAAUUCGGGGUCCUGGGAGACUGGGAGACCAGAUAUAGUGAAUGCGGGGUCCUGGGAGACCAGAUAUAGUGAAUGCGGGGUCCUGGGAGACCAGAUAUAGUGAAUGCGGGGUCCGGGAGACCAGAUAUAGUGAAUGCGGGGUCCGGGGAGAGCGGAUAUAGUGAAUGCAGGGUCCGGGGAGAGCGGAUAUAGUGAAUGCAGGGUCCGGGGAGAGCGGAUAUAGUGAAUGCGGGGUCCGGGGAGAGCGGAUAUAGUGAAUGCGGGGUCCGGGGAGACCGGAUAUAGUGAAUGCGGGGUCCGGGGAGACCGGAUAUAGUGAAUGCGGGGUCCGGGAGACCGGAUAUAGUGAAUGCGGGGUCCGGGAGACCGGAUAUAUAGUGAAUGCGGGGUCCGGGGAGACCGGAUAUAGUGAAUGCGGGGUCCGGGGAGUGACCGGAUAUAGUGAAUGCGGGGUCCGGGGAGAG